CCCCCGCCCCUCCCUGUUCCGCCCCUCUGCCCCUGUCCUCCGCCGGCUCCGGCGCAGCUGCCCAGGUGGUGAACAAGACCUGGACCAGGGGCAGUGUGAGCAGAAGUUUUACCAUGCAAGGAUGUGCCCGUGUCCCUGCUGAGCUGCCUGCCACCCCUGUCCCCACUGCCUGUCCUGCCCGGCGCCAUGGGAGGAUGCUUCUCCAAGCCCAAACCAGGUGCUGUGCCCCCAUCCCACCACCCAUCACUGUGGAGAGAAGUAGUUGAAGUGAAAAUUGAAGUUGUGAUACCUGAGAAGGAGAGAAGCAAGGAGGAGAUGUCACCCAAUGGGAAAGCCAGUCCCCUGAUCUACAAAGUCAAUGGGACUGCUCGUCAUUAUCAUCUUGAGGAUCAUCCCAUUGCCAGCAACCCCUACCACCACCCCAAGGACGUGGUGGAAGCAUCCGUGUGCCAUGUGAGGGACCUGGAGAAUGGACAGAUGCGGGAAGUGGACCUGGGCUGUGGGAAGGCUCUGCUCAUCAAGGAGAGUGGGGAAUUCCAUGCCAUGGGACACAAAUGUCCACACUAUGGGGCUCCGCUGGUUAAAGGGGUUUUGUCCAAAGGAAGAGUCCGCUGUCCCUGGCAUGGAGCUUGCUUCAGCAUCAGCACGGGUGACAUAGAGGACUUUCCUGGCUUGGACAGCUUACCCAGGUUCCAGGUGAAGAUCGAGAAGGAGAAGGUGUACAUCCGAGCAAGCAAGCAGGCUCUUCAGACACAGAGGAGGACAAAGAUGAUGGCAAAAUGCAUCUCCUUGAGCAACUAUAACCUGAGCAGUACCAACGUGCUGAUCAUUGGUGCAGGGGCAGCUGGACUGGUCUGUGCAGAGACCUUGCGCCAGGAGGGUUUCUCGGACAGGAUUGUGAUGUGCACGAUGGACAGACACCUGCCCUAUGACAGACCAAAACUCAGUAAGUCAAUGGAUUCCCACCCGGAGCAGAUUGCCCUGCGACCAAAGGAGUUCUUCUGCACCUAUGACAUUGAAGUCCUGACUGAAAUGCAGGUUGCAGCUGUGGAUAUCAAGAACAAGGUAGCUGUGUUCAAGGAUGGAUUUAAGAUGGAAUACAACAAGCUGCUGAUAGCAACUGGAAACACGCCCAAAGCUCUCAGUUGCAAAGGCAAAGAAGUGGAAAAUGUUUUCAACAUCCGGACACCUGAAGAUGCCAACCGUGUGGUGAAGCUGGCCACAAGCAAGAACGUGGUUAUUGUGGGAGCAUCCUUCCUGGGGAUGGAGGUGGCUGCUUACCUCGCAGACAGGGCCCACUCAGUGUCCCUGGUGGAGCUGGAGGAAGUCCCCUUCAAGAAGUUCUUUGGGGAGAAGGUUGGCCGUGCUGUCAUGAAGAUGUUUGAGAACAACAGGGUGAAGUUCUACAUGCAGACAGAGGUGUCAGAGCUACGGGAGCAGGAGGGCAAGCUGAAGGAGGUGGUGCUGAAGAGUGGGAAGGUCCUGCGUGCCGAUGUCUGUGUGGUUGGUGUGGGUGCAGUUCCAGCAACUGGCUUCCUCAAGCAGAGUGGCAUCAACAUUGACUCCAAAGGUUUCAUUGUGGUCAACAAGAUGAUGCAAACCAACAUCCCUGGGGUCUUUGCAGCUGGUGAUGCUGUCACCUUCCCCCUGGCCUUGAGGAAUAACAAGAAGGUGAACGUCCCUCACUGGCAGAUGGCCCACAUGCAUGGGCGCAUCGCUGCGCUGAACAUGCUGGCCCAUGGCAUGGAGCUCAGCACUGUCCCCUACCUAUGGACAGCUAUGUUUGGGAAGAGCAUCCGAUAUGCAGGCCAUGGGGAAGGAUUCGAUGAUGUCGUCAUUCAGGGAGAUUUAGAUGAACUGAAGUUUGUGGCAUUUUAUACCAAGAGUGACGAGGUGGUGGCUGUGGCCAGCAUGAACUACGACCCCAUUGUGUCCAAGGUGGCUGAGGUUCUGGCUGCUGGGAGGACCAUCCGGAAGCGUGACGUGGAAACUGGAGAUAUGUCUUGGCUAACUGGGAAAGGCUGCUAAUGCUGCAGGGGGCUGUGCCCUCCUGACACUGUACUCACUGUGGGGACACGGGCUGCCAGCUCCAGGCGAGUGGGAACACUGUGGCUGAGCAUCUCCUUUGAGACCUGGAUGAACCCGGAGCCUCUCACUGCUCACUUUCCUUCCCAGCACAGCUCCUCUGCCCCAGGGCCUACUGGGCUGGGGCUCAGCUGUUGCAAUUCCUAUGGGAUGCUGAAAAAUCAGCUCCUGGAGAGAGAGAGGCGUGGCACGGGCAGCAGGCAGGGGCACCACGGGGCUUGGGCUGCUGCUGACAGACUCAGGGGUCCCCAGGCAGGUCUGUCCCAGGCAUGUCCCUCACCCCAAGAAGCAGCAUGAGUGCCUUUCAUUGCUCCCUGUGCUUUCAAGCACAUUGCCCCUCCCAAAUGCUCUUGGAUCCCAGCAAAGCUCCGAUGCACAUCCCUGCGGAGCCUGGCACCCACACCCUCUCUGCAUGACUGAAGUGCUUGCCACGGCUCUCCCUGCACCCACUGCCUCAGGAGGCACCCAGAGGGGCAGAAAAAUGGGUCAGACUGGGAGGUCUCAGUACCACCUGUAUUUGUGUUUGGAAUUCUCCAUCCUCCAGGUUGCUCACUCCUUCCAGCCCCCCACAGAGGGGAGUCUCUGCCCAAGCCAAGGGCUCUACAGUCCCUGUCCCAGCACUCACAGCAUCUCCCCAUUUCCAGGUAGGGAAGGGACUGGACAUGGCUUCUCCCAUCACCUGGGCCUUGGCUGGGGCUUGGGCAGCUCUUGAGCAGCCCCCAGGGUGCAGAGCUCACCAACAGCAUCCCCCAGGCCCAGUUGCCAUCCUUCCAGACAGCCUCGUGAUGUCUCCCUAAUGAUUAUCACAGGAUUAGUGAUGUUGCUGAGAUGUUACUCAAGGAAAAGUAGCCAGAAAAGUAUUUCUGUCCCUCAUUCUUCCUGUCACUUGAUGACAUAGCUGUAUCUCUUGUCUCAUGGGCUGCCCAUGUCGGUGCUCUGCUGUCAGUGUUUUCUGCCCCCUGCGGGAAGGAAGAGCUUUAUCCCCAGCUCAGGGGUGGACCUGUCUCUUGUCCAUCAUCCCAGCAAAGCGGGUAGGUGAGAAAACCCCCUUGGAAAGCCUCCAGUGCUCUCUUCUGAGCGAAGUCUCUUCUCUGCCAUUGUUUUACUCUGAGCCUGAAGCAGAUGGAUUUAUAUUUUCAAUUGGAUUCACCCCCUAUGAAUUAAAGCAGUACUGUUCUUGAGAUCUGGAUCAUCUCUGAUUCCUGCCAAGGCUUUGGG